CAGAUAGUGAUAGCCUUGUCUCUCUCUCUCUGGUCGGCAGACACGACGUACCAAAGACAUGAAGCCUCUACUCCUCGUCUCACUCUCCCUUCUCCUUACGACAAGCCAUGGUUUUAUAUUGGAUAGUAUCACCAAUAAGAAGGUUUGUUAUGGAGAACUAGGAUGUUUCACCACAGACGCACCUUUUAAUGGCCUACAGCGACCUAUCACUGUGGUACCGGCGUCACCAGCCGACAUUCAGACCAAGUUCCUCCUCUACACCAGAGACAAUCCUACAUCAGCCGAAGAGCAGGUAUUGUCAUACACAGACGCGUCGACUAUAGCGACGUCCUUUUACGACGGCUACAAACCUACUAAGUUCAUCAUUCACGGCUUCACACACAAUGGUCACCGCCAAUGGAUCCUAAAUAUGAAACAGGCCCUCCUGAAAAAGGAGGAUAUGAACGUGAUUGUGGUUGACUGGGGCCAUGGGGCGGCUAUCCCGUACGCUCAGGCCACUGCUAAUACCCGUGUAGUGGGCGCACAGACUGGCCUACUCAUCCUCAAACUCAUCAACGUCACGAGUACCACAGCUGCACGGGUGCACGUCAUCGGCCAUAGCCUCGGAGCCCACAUUUCAGGGUAUGCUGGGGACAGGGUGCCACACCUCGGUAGGAUAACAGGUCUUGACCCCGCUGACCCCUACUUCCAAGGCGGCGAUCCUAUAAUUCGCCUUGAUGCCACUGAUGCUGACUUCGUUGACGUCAUACAUACGGAUGCCUCCAGUAUUUUGGAACUGGGAAUGGGAGCCAUUCAGCAGAUGGGUCACGUGGAUUUCUACCCUAAUGGCGGGAUGGACCAGCCCGGAUGUGACUCGGGUUUGCUGGGAAAGGUAUCACACACCGUCUGGAACGCCGUCACACAACUUGAUUACUAUGCUGGAGAAGCAACCGUCGCGUGCAGUCAUGAGCGUUCGUACGAACUGUUUACAGAGUCCAUCUCCAGCACAUGUCCAUUCAAAGCCUAUCCUUGCACGAGUGCAGCUGAAUUUAACCUAGGUCACUGUCUUAGGUGUAAUGGCGACGAAUGCUCCGAUAUGGGUUACAAUUCAAUCAACUUUACCGCGCGAGGGUCUGUGUACCUUCAAACUCAGGGCACUGCACCAUUCUGUAAUUACCACUAUCAGUUCAAUGUGACGGGGAAGAACAACAUGGACGGUGUACUGACUGUAGUACUACAAGGUCAAAACGGCAACUCAAGCCCGGUCAAACUGAUGAGUGACAACGAGGUCCACACACAAGGGCACACGAUCUCCAAAUUCAUCACGAUCAAAGAGGAUAUUGGGGAGAUCGUGGCUGUAGCUAUGCAGUACGAUAAAACAUCCAGUACACUGACAGGCUGGGCGUAUCCGGAGGAAUGGGUCCUGUUAGGGGUCUCUCUCAUGGACGGUUCUACCCAGCAACUAUCAUCGUUUUGUGGCUAUGGUAAGAGCGUGAGUAACCACAAAGCUAUCAGCAUGGGUGUCUCAGGCACCUGUUAGACGGACACUCUUUGGACGGACACCUGUAAGAUCUACACCUGUUAGACUGACACUCCUUAGACGGACACUCUUUGGACGGACACCUGUAAGAUCUACACCUGUUAGACGGACACUCUUUGGAUGGACA